CUAGUCGUCGAGGAAGGGGAAACACACACGUAUCUCGGCUGGCUGACAGCACCCGCCGCCUCGGUCUGUGAAAAGCUACGUCGUUCGGUCCGCGGAGGUCGAGUUCGAAGAGAGUUAAAUGAGUGACGGGACGGUGAAGGGCAUGUGGCUGUGCGGUCUCGCGUUACUCCUGCUGGUGGUCGGGAUGCUGCUGGUGGACGACGCAAGCGGGGCGCACGCGGCCGAGCUGUCCACGAGGGUGCUUAGGCCUGUUGGCAAGAACAUCACCCUCGAUGAAUCGGAUCGUGUGUACAUACACUCCGUUACGGACACUGUGCGAUUCGAAAUGUCCUCCAAGAGCUGCAAACUUCGUACAAACUUCACUGUGAACUUGGAGGAAAAUGUGAGUGUCGAGGGGUACCUGAUGGACGUUUCGGGAUUCCAGUGGUACUUGUUCUACUUCCGCAGUGAGGGGGAGGUCCUUCGGGUGGUGAUAGAAGGGGUGUCGUCCUACUCGAUGUCCUUCAGGUGGCCGUCGCUGGACACCUGCCUCUCGAGCCACGGACUUACCUUCGUCUUUGAUAAGAAGUCCGAAGUUGCCUUGCCCUACACCUCGGGCGCCAAGCAGUCCAAUCCUUACCCGAACUUUCCCAGCCUGGGCUACCCGGAGGGCGACUACCGGUACCUACACACGACGUCCCACAACCACACCAAGGGGUCGUUCCACGCCUUCAUCCCCAUCGGCGCCAUGGUGCUCUUCGUGGGCGUGUGCGUGAGGUGCUGCCACUACUGCCGCUACAAAGCACAGAUGCGCAAGAGGGCGCGGGGCAUCGCUGAUGCCGCGACCGCCGACGGCGUGGAGGCGGAGAUCGCGACGCCCCCAAGUCCGCCCCCGCAGAGCAUGGAUUUGCCCCCGAGAUAUGACGAGGUCUGCGUCAGCGAGCCCCCUCCUCCGAGCUACGCCGAGCUCUUCCAGAUUGUCACCGCCUCCGGGGAGAGCAAGACGAAGCUAGGACCCGCAGUGGCGACGGAGGAGGAAGAGGGGGAGAAUCACGCUCUUCUCGAGGGCGCCCACGCGAGCUCCUCGACAGCGCCACAUAACACGGAGGCGACAGACCUCCCGACGCCGCAGCAGGCCACGACCGCGUCGGGCCCCGCAGCAGCACAGCCAGAAAGAGUGAGUUUGAUUCCUCCGCCGCAGGAUGUAGCCGACCCUGCUACGCCUGCGGAUCCGCCCAACCCGUCCAGUUCAGCAGGAGACACGACCCCCCCUCUCGCAGACACCGCCGUCAGUAGAUCUUCGGCGAUGUUGAGGGCGCUGACGUCGCUAAACCAGGCUCGCAGAAAGACUCACUUCGCCUUCAAACGCUUGGUGGAGGAGAGGGAAGAGCAGCGGGAGGCCCCAACAUCUCAGUUAAAGUGAUGAUACACUGAUGGUCCGAUCCCAAGUGAUGUCGCAGCAACAGAUAUGAGGAACUACACCAGCAAGAGAGAAACAAACAAUCAAGCAGCGGGGGAAAGAGAGAGAGAGAGAGAGAGAGAGAGAGAGAGAGAGAGAGAGAGAGAGAGAGAGAGAGAGAGAGAGAGAGAGAGAGAGAGAGAGAGAGAGGGGGGGGGAGAGCAUUAUAACAGUGAAGGGGGUAAUGUUGGUGUGGAAAAUUAUAGAUUAUUACUACCCUCCACCUCCACCUCUGAUCUGUGAAAAAGCAUGACUGAAUUUCACCCUGAAGCAUGAAAAACGUUUCCCAUUUUCCCUUUGAUUUUUGAAAAGGCUGGUGACAAAACGUUCGAAAUCAAGAGUCCCUGAGCAUGAACUUCUAAACACAAACUCACGUUAUUAUAAGAUAAAGUGAAUCUCCUACAGUGGGUUAUUAUGUGAUAAAGAACGACUUUCUGGUGCAUGUGCUUCGUUCCUUUGCUCACGAGUAUGGUGAUGAUAAAACAUGUUACUUUGAAGUGCCAAAUGUAAAUAUCCUGAUUAAAUGUGAUACGAAUAGUGUUAGUGAAAAAUGUUGUAAAUGAACCCAGUGUAAAAUAAGCGCCCUGUCGUCCUCCUGUUAGUACUGUAUUUAUGAACUGUGAUAUUUUCGAAAUAUAAAUGUGUAUAUAUACAUACAUAAUACGCCAAUAGUAAA